AUGCCUUUCAACUCCACAACUGACGCCUUUGAACUCCACCCCGACAUUCAUUCGCUCGUAUGGAAUGGCCCUCAGUUCAUGAAGGACUUCAUGCGCGAGUUCACGAAGCCCGGAAGGCCGGGCGCGGGGCGGUUCGGGACCCCCGGGGGGGCAGGGGGCGGGUUCCCGGGCGGCGGGCCGUUCGGCCAGGGCGGGUUCCCGGGUGGUCGGUCGCAGCGGGAAUGGGACGAGGUGGUGAGAGAUAUCUUCGGCGCGAUGGACGGCGGAUCGAACGGACGCGGCGGGUCGUCGUCGUCGUCGUCGUCGUCGUCGUCGUCGCGAGCGCGCGCGGGCGGCGGUGAGCGCGUGACGGUCCAGGAGGAGAUCUACACGCGCUCGGACGGCCUCCGUAUCGUGCGGCGGACGGUCACGACGAUCUCGCCGGACGGCUCCGCGCGGCGAGACGUCACCGAACGCGUCGUCGGCGAGGGCGGACCGUUCGGCAGCGGCGGGUGGGAGAGUCGCGGACGCGCGCCGCCGCCGCCGGGGUCGGGGGGGCACGGCGGCGGGUACGAUCCGACCGCGGGGGGCGCGACGCGGGGGGCGGCGGACGCGAUGAACCCGCUGAGUCAGAUGGGCGGCGUCGCCGGGCAGGUGGCGAAGGCGUUCGCGGCGCAGAUGGCGUCUCGCGUCGCGCGGCGCGGCGUGGAGGUCAUCUUGCAGGCCAUCAUGCGGAGCGUGUUUCGAAGAUGA